AUGGUCGGUGAGUUGCAAGACAUCUAUAAGAUCGAGAUGGAGUUAUCUUUCUUCGUUAUCUUCGUUAUAUUAAACCAAUACAGCCCAGUGACUGCUGAUCUAGCUUGUGAAUCUGGUCAAAUCGAGAAUGACGGGUCGUGUUAUUAUUUCUCAGAAAGCAAGUUAAACUUCGCGUCGUCCAAAUCGUUCUGCGAGGACCUUGGAAUGCAUCUCGUCUACAUAGGGUCACAGGAAGAACAAAACUUCAUGCAGAAUACCAUAUCUGGUAGUGAGAAGCAUUGGAUAGGUUUAUCAAAAGUGACCUGGAUAGAUGGCUCAAGCUUGGACUACAACAACUUUGCAUAUGUCUUUGAUGAUGGAGGAAUCUGUUUCCGAAUGGCGGAUGAAUGGAGCUAUCAAUGGCAUGACCAAAGGUGUUCCGGUUCGAACUAUUACAUUUGUGAAAACGAAAAAGAAGACAGUGCCGCGUGUACCGGUGGCCACACUGAAUAUGACGAAUCCUGUUAUCACUUCUCGCAAAGCAAUUCAAAUUUCGCCUCGUCAAAAUCAUCAUGUGCCGACCUUGGAAUGCAUCUUGUCUACAUCGGAUCAGAGGACGAACAAGAAUUUCUGGUGGACAACCUACCCCUUGCAAACAAGGAUUACUGGAUAGGAUUAUCAAGUGUGACUUGGCUGGACGGUUCGAGUCUGACCCACUACAACUUCGCAGCUAGUGACGAAAAGACUCUGGAUGAAGGAGGGAAGUGUUUCGUUAUAGAACCGAAUAAGUCAUACCAAUGGUUGGAUGAUAAAUUUGAAAAUGAUCACAAGCACCGUUAUAUCUGCGAGAAAGAAGGAGGUAUCCAAUCAAGUUCUGUACAGCAAACAACACCAGGCGCUGUCACUUUUCCCGAAGUUUCAACCCAAACCACACCAAAUCAAAUGACGUCAUCCAAAACGUCCAGUUCCACUACUCAGACUGAUAAUGUUGUCACGACGAGUGGCUCUACACAACGUUCGUCAACAACCGAUGCUGCGACCAGUGAGACAACAAGCAGUCCAGCGUCAACAACACCAACAUCACAUGCAUCCUCAACAUCAACAACAGGGCAAGGAUCAACAGAUGCUGCUUCGCUUACUUCUGAACAGGCAACCGAUACCACUCCUGCAACAACGGCAAUACACACAACCCAGACAAUAUCUUCGACUACAUGUCGCUCAUCUUCUCGGGACAGAGGUCACACGAUCUUCAAAAACUUCCGACUACUGGCCAGCAAUGUCGCCCUCAUCGAUGCCUAUGUUCUGUCGUCAUACACGGUUUCGUCCAUCAUCAGAUGCAGUCAGUUGUGUCUUGCUGAUGUCCGUUGCUCGUGUUAUACUUACAUCGCCUGCGAGGGUUCGUGCUUACUCGGCAAGGAAUGUCUGGCGACGUCUACAUAUGCUUUUGAAAGGCGAACCGGAGCUAAAUUCUAUUCGGCACUUCUUGAAGAUCAGGAAUGUUUCUAGAAGGCACGUAGGGGCGCCGCUAGACCACUUGGAAACUGAGGGUGGGGGUGGCAAAAUUGCCGACUAGUUAGCCCUAAUUUUCAAAUAACUCCGGAACACAAAAACAAACAAACAUUUUGAACUGCCAGCAGAGAUUUUAAUGGAAAGAUUAUUUUUAAAAACGGUCGUCAAAUUAUCAAAUUUGAUGUUGCAAUUUUCAGACAAUGCUAGAAAGAUUCCACAUUUCCCAACAUAACAUCUGAAAGGGAGGGGGGGGGUUACGUGUUACCCCCUUUAGUAAUGCCGUGUGUGUUUAUUGUGUUUUUACAGACGUGUAUCAAUCAGAUAUGAUUAUUUACGUCUGAGGAACGACCUUUAAACGUCACCAUCUGAAAGAUGUGACUCAAUUUCGAACCUGCGUCCUCGGCUGAAUCAGUUUGUAACUUUCAUUUUUCAUACAGGCGCACACCACAACGCCUAGUUAAAGUAACGCCCCUGCCUAUGUAGCCAUUUAAAGGACAUAUACAGUAAUGAAUUAUAGUGUGUACAUAUUUCACUCCUGUAAGGCUGUAUACCGUCUCUGCAAAGACGUUUAUAUGUAAUCCACUAUAUGUAUACUAAAAAAGAUGGCUGUACGUGGUAUAAAUUUCAAGCCACAUCGUACUCUCUUCUUAUCCUAAUUUCAAAUUUUCAGUUUUUUGUAAGUGGCAGCUGUCUGCACCAAUAAGGCAAUUCCUUUCUAGCUGCCUCCUCAUUCACAUAAAUACUCACCUUUCUAUGUUUUUGUCCAGAUCACCUUAUAUUGUACUAUUAUUUUAUGUAAUGUUUGUUUACUUUGACUAUAUAUCUUGUGAUUUUGUAUAUUAGUGUAUCUAAAUGUUUUGUUUUUAUGAUGAAUGGAAUAAAUUUGAUAGGCUUAUCUAUCUUAUGCUAAUGCACUGUUUCAUGACCUCCAAUUGCAUGAAUGUUUUCAAAUUGCAUCAAUUAUCUAUUUGUACUUUUAUGUUUGAUUUCAUAAAUGAACGAUUACCUCAUACCUUUAAACAAUAUUGCAUUAUGAUACCACAUGGAUAUUCCACGAUAGACAAAAAACGGGUAGACAAUUACGUCUUCCUUUAUUCAAAACAGACCAAGGAAAAUGUUGCAUUUCGUUUGUUGGAAGUAAUUUUUGGAAUAUGCUUCCUACUAAUCUAAACAUUGAGAGAUCAAGGACAUCUAAUUUUCGUAAAAACUCACAAAAUUACUCUUAGGUGAACACCAUGAUAUUAGUAUAUAGCAACCAGUCUCGUUUUUUAAAUUGUAGUAGUAUACAUAAUAUAGGAUUUGGAAACCCAUCGUGUAUUUUUCUAUAAACUUUAUUUUAGGCUUUAGAUAACGAGAGUCAGGCUCGACUAGCACAUGUGCUAUUUUUACUCGAUUUUACCAUCGAUCACAAACUCAUUGUAAAAAGUAAUUUACUGUUUUACUCUUAACACUACUUAUAACUAUAACUAUUUCAAUUGUUAUUUAUUAUAAUCUUUAUUGCUGUAAAAUAUCUAUUUUAAUUCAUGUCAUGUUUAUGUUCAUGUUAUAUUGACAUUGUCAUUGUACAAUUAUAUAUCUUUUGUGUCAAUGCUUUCAAUGGUGGUGAAUAAAUAAAUUAAAUUCAAAUAAAUAAAUUCAAAUAUUCGGUAAGGAUUAAAUUGAAACAUAUUGACAAAAAAUAAUUUAAUUCGUGGCUAAAAAGUGGAAGCUAAUUCAAUUCUCAUUUGAGUUAUUUUUUUGUUAUAGCAUCAUGUCAGUACCUUGCUUUGUCAGUACCUUGCUUUUUCAAAAUGUGGAGUCAAAAAAUUGUGUGAGUGCGUGUGUGUGAUGGGAACGGGGGGGGGGGGGGGGCUCAUCAGAAAUCUAUAUGGCUUUAAAUGAGUUUGAUUUUUUUUUAAAGAACAUUCUACAUGUCUGCUUGCUGGUGACUUGAGACAAAUUGUACGAGCCUCAUCGCAAGUCCGAUUUUUUCAUCUUUGUUCUACUGUUUAUUAAAACAAUUCUCUUGUGAAAAA